AACACUAGAGCACAAGAGUCACAGCAUUUGAAUGAGUUGACAUCAUCCUCUAUCUCCCAAUUCUGGUAAAUUCGUAUACUUGUUGUCGGUGUAUUAUUAUGAGAAACUUUGCACUUCACCACUACCUAAGUAGGCGACGAAAUUCUCACAAAACCCUCAACGCAUCCACUUUAGCAGCAUUACCAGUACCUCCUCCUCCUCCUCCUCCUCCUCCUCCUCCUCCUCCUACCUUUCCAAUUCGAACCAAAAGGCGCGCUUUACUCGACCUCUUACAACCACGCGACCACUCCGACAAACCCAUUUUCUACUACAACGCAAUUCAUGCCCAGAUUCUCCUCUCCGGCUUUCGAGACGAUGUUUUUCUUGCUAAUCUUCUCUUGCACUCCUAUGCCAAAUCUGGCUCUGUUAUUUACGCGCGGAAACUGUUUGAUAAAAUGCCUGAAAGGAACUCGGUUACUUGGUCUUCCAUGGUUUCUAUGUAUACCAAGCAUGGUAAUUAUGAACAAGCAUUGCUUAUGUUUUCGGACUUCUGCAGGAAUUCCGAUGGGCACCCGAAUGAGUAUACGUUGGCCAGUGUUAUCCGCGCUUGUACGCAGUUGGGAGGGAUUGAUCAAGGUGCCCAAGUGCAUGGUUUUGUUGUCAAGACUGGUUUUUAUCAGGAUGUUUAUGUGGCUACUUCUUUAGUCGAUUUUUACGUCAAAAAUGGCCAUAUAGAUGAAGCUGACCUGAUUUUUGAGGGUUUGAACGUGAAAAGUGCAGUUACUUGGACCAUAAUGAUAGCAGGGUAUGCAAAAUGUGGAGAAAGUGAAGUGUCCUUGAAAUUGUUUUACCAAAUGAGAGACACCGAUGUUCUUCCUGACAAAUAUGUUCUGUCUAGUGUCCUGACUGCAUGUUCUGCGCUCAAAUUCAUUGGAGGCGGCAAGCAAAUCCAUGCUUAUGUGCUUAGAAGGGGAACCGUAAUGGACGUUUCAGUGGUUAAUGUGCUUGUAGAUUUUUAUACCAAGUGCGGUGAAGUGGAGGCAGCAAAGAAGUUAUUCGAUAUGAUUGUAGUCAAGGACCUCAUUUCGUGGACCACGAUGAUAGCCGGGUACAUGCAGAAUUCAUUUGAGCGGGAGGCUGUUAAGUUAUUUUCUGAAAUGGCCGGAUUGGGUUGGAAGCCGGAUGGAUUUGCAUGCAGUAGCAUUCUUACUUCGUGUGGUUCACUUGACGCUCUUAAUCAGGGGAGAGAAGUCCAUGCGUAUGCUAUUAGAGUCCAUCUUGUUUAUGAAGCUUAUGUGAAGAAUAGUUUGAUUGAUAUGUAUGCAAAAUGUGAUUCCCUUACUGAUGCAAGAAGAGUAUUUGAUUCAAUGACUGAUCAUAAUGUUGUGUCUUACAAUACGAUGAUCGAAGGAUACUCAAGACAGGAUAAGCUGUCUGAAGCGCUGCAUCUUUUCAAUGAGCUUAGACUUAGAUCGUUCCAGCCGAGUCUCUUGACGUUCGUCAGCCUUCUUGGUAUCUCAGCUGCUUUAUUCACGUUGCAGUUGAGCAAGCAAAUCCAUGGUUUGAUCACCAAAUAUGGGUACUGUUUGGAUGUAUUUUCUGGCAGUGGUCUGAUAGAUGUUUAUUCAAAGUGCUCAGGUAUUAGAGAUGCUAGACUUGUAUUCGAUGAGAUGUAUGAGAAAGACAUUGUAGUGUGGAAUGCGAUGUUUUGCGGAUACACGCAACAGAUGGAAAGUGAAGAGGCUCUUAGACUGUACACAGAAUUACAAUUAUCGAGACAAAAUCCUAAUGAAUUUACUUUUGCAGCCCUAAUCUCAGCAGCCAGUAACCUGGCAAGUAUGCAGCAUGGCCAACAGUUCCAUAACCAGCUCAUUAAGAUGGGUCUUGACAGUGAUCUGUUCGUCACAAAUGCCCUUGUGGAUAUGUAUUCCAAGUGUGGAAGCAUUGAAGAGGCUUGCAAAAUAUUUAAUUCAAAAGUUUGGAGUGACGUUGCCUGUUGGAAUUCCAUAAUAUCAACAUAUGCUCAACAUGGAGAAGCAGAAGAAGCCCUUCUGAUGUUUGCAAGAAUGAUGAAGGAGGGAAUAAAACCCAACUAUAUCACAUUUGUGGGUGUGUUAUCAGCUUGUAGCCAUGCUGGCCUUGUGGAAGAUGGACUUCGCCACUUUGAAUCAAUGCCUCAGUUUGGGAUUGAUCCAGGAACUGAACAUUAUGCUUGCAUAGUGACUCUCCUCGGUCGUGCUGGCAAAUUAUUUGAAGCUAAGGAAUUCAUUGAGAAAAUGCCGGUAAAACCAGCAGCAAUUGUAUGGAGGAGCUUGCUCAGCGCGUGCACUGCUGCCGGUAAUGUUGAAUUGGGAACAUAUGCAGCAGAGAUGGCAAUUUGGAAUGAUCCAGUGGAUAGUGGAUCAUAUAUCUUACUUUCAAAUAUUUAUGCAUCCAGAGGUAUGUGGGCUGAUGUCAAGGCGGUGAGGGAAAAAAUGGACAAUGAUGGGGUGGUGAAAGAAACCGGCUGUAGUUGGGUUGAAGUGAAUAAUGAAGUUCAUACAUUUGCUGCAAGAGAUAGAACACAUCGUGAGGCAGAUCUAAUUUUUUCAAUUCUAGACAAUUUGAUUCUGCAGAUUAAGGGUGUUGGUUAUGUGCCUGAUAUUACGACACUUGUGAUGAAUGACUGAGAUGAGACAUGGUGUGGUAAUGCUCAGUGAAACGGACAUUAUGAGCUCUUGAUAAACCAUGAAAUGAAAAUUUGCACUGUGCAUCUUUUUGAAGUGAAGCUUGAGCUUGACGGGAGCAAAUCUUGGGCUCCUUCUGAUUGGCUAGUUUAUCAGAAUGUGAAAAGCAGAAAUUUCCUUGCGAUGCCAUUUUGAUGAAACGGAGCUGUCCUUGGUCAAUUUUUGCAGUGAUUGCAUCUUGCUUUACAGAUGUGUCUCCCAUAUCUUGCAUAACAGACUGGCUGGAAAUUACUGCAACAAGGAAAACUUCAUCCACUAAGGUGAAUGAUAUUGCUUCAAGAAUUGCAGAAAAUGUUAGAGCGGCCGUGGAAGCUACUAAUUCCCUGCAGCAGGAAGUAAAACCCUUUUUUAAUUACAGUAAGCAAAAUUCAAAAUGAAGGUGGCUUCUAAAACCCAUCCCAAGAGAUCCCUCAGAUGCUUCAGUUUCUUAUAUUUUGAAUUCUCUUGGGUGUCCAUAUACAUUUGAUUCCCAGGGCCUUAUGUCUAAAGGGGAAUGCAGAACUUGGUGAAAGUAUGAAUGUUUCAAGUGAUUCUGAGGAAGGGUCUGCUUUGCUGUCCAAGAUGGUUGCAGUUGUUUGCGAGUAACACUUGUUCUGCCCUUGUUUAGGGCAUUUGGAAGGUUCCUUCCUUCAUGUUCUCUCUUACCUUUCAUUCGUGCUCGCGAGGUAUUUUCACAACUACGCCUAUCUGAAGCCUCAGCGCAUUCGGGUUCGUUUUCUACCAGGAUUAAGGAAGAAGCAACCCGCUUGCAGGCAAACGCUGGAUCACAAGUCCCGUUUAAUAAGCUGGUCAAGCACAUUAUUGCAGGGAACUUGAUCUGAAGAAUUUUGCUUAUCUGGGAGAUGAGGUUCAAACUUACUGCACAAAUAGUUCGUGCUGAUGGUCAAGAUGACAUCUGCUUUCGGUCAUGUAUUCAGAGAGAUGGGCUCAUUCCUAACCACACAUAUAUUCCCCCAACUUAACCACCUAUUGCUAUGUGUUGCGUUUUUAUCACAAAAAUCUCGGUGUUGUAGGAGUAGAAUCAUACACAUAUAUUGUAUUUUAUUUUCUCAAUUGCCCGAUGGGAACUUACAUUCAACACACCCCUCACGUGGGACCAUCACUCAGUGGGCAACACUUGCAACCAAUCCCACAUCAGACUUUAAGCGUAGAAACGUGGUGUUACAUUAAAAUUAGUAACUUGGGCACAACAUGGACCCACAAGACAAUCGAACCCGCUCUGAUAUC